AGAUGGAAAAAGGGAAGAAGAAAAGUAUCAUCGGAUGGAACUGGGGGACCUAUUCCUUCGAGGAAGAAGCCUUCAAAUUUGAAGUCAAUGAUGAAAAGUGCCUCAACCUCCCUUACUCAGGUAUUAGCUUGGCCACAGCUAAUAAUGCUCAUGAAGUAGCAGUGGAAAUGAAUCUGGAUAAGAUAAAAGAAGGUGAUAAGGGAGACUAUCUCUCUGAAAUCAGAUUCUUCCUCCCUGCAAAUGAGGAAGAGAGCAACCAAAGCGAAGCAGAGGGAGGUGAUGAAGAGGAGAAGAAAGAACAAAGCAAUGAUGAGGAAGAGAAGAUCAAUACAAAUGAAAAUGGCAAAGCAAAGAAAGACCAAAAGAAUAGAGCACAACAAUUUGCAGACAAUAUUAUCAAGAAAGCGGGAAUCGGAGCUUUUGCUGGAGAAAUUAUUGCCAAGUUGGAUAAUAUGCAAUUGCUUGUUCCUAGAGGAAACUAUGUGUUCAAUCUGUAUAGCAAUUAUUUGAAGCUACACGGCAAAACCCAUGAUUACAAAAUACUGUUCAAAGAUAUUAACAGGGCGUUCCUGCUGCCAAAGCCUGAUGGAUUGCACAUGAUGUAUGUUAUCUCACUCAGAUCACCAUUGAGACAGGGUCAAACUGCUCAUAAUUAUUGUGUUAUACAGUUCAAGAAAGAAAGAGAGGAAAGCCUGAAGCUAAACAUCUCAGAAGAAGAGAUAAAUAAGAAAUACGGAAAAGAACUCAAUCAAGAGCUUGAGGGUCCUCUGUAUGACAUUCUUUCACGACUAUUUAAAUCACUGAUAAAAAUUAGCAUUAUUGUUCCUUCAGGAUUCAAGAGCGAGAAGGACACUGAUGCAGUCAAAUGCUCUUCAAGAGCACAAGACGGAUACUUGUACCCAUUGUUGAAAUCAUUCUUGUUUGUACAUAAGCCAGUUGCAUACAUCAGACAUGAUGAUAUUAAAUACUUAGAAUUUAACAGAAUCAGUGAAUUUGCUGCUGCAGGAAGGUCCUUUGACAUUAAUAUUGUCACAAAAGAUAACUCAUACUCAUUCACAGGAAUUAGUAAAGGAGAGUAUAAGCCUCUGGUCGAGUACCUCAUUACAAAGAACAUCAAGGUCAGGAAUGGAGAUGAUGAAGGAAAGACCAUGGAUCUCACAAACAUGGACAUCCUCACCAAUCCUGGAAGAGUCAACAGAAGAGCUAUGGCCGAUAUUGAAGAGGAAGGACUAGAAGGCAUGGGAUCACAAGAUGAUAGUGAGGGAGAAGACGAAUCUUUCGAUAUUGAUGCUCAGGAAGGAGAAGACUCAGACCUCGAAUCUAAUGGAUCUGAGUCCCUUAUUGAGGAGAGCGAUCUUGAAGAUGGUGGCAAAAAGAAAUCCAAAUCAAAAAAGAAGAAGACAAAGAAAGAGGAGUAA